UACCUGGGUCACUUCUCGCCGGGCCAGGUGCUGUUCUCGUGCCUUGCAGCGGUCUACCUCGGCAUCAAACUCGAAGAACCGAGGCGGGUACAGGCGCUGCUUGUCUCCAUGCUCAGACUGGCUGCCGAGGUGGCAUUCGCAACCCUUCAGCACAACGGAGUUUUGCCCGAAGGUCUCGAUCGUUUUCAGGUGCCUUUGUUCGCAGCUAGCCUGGCCGGGAUCAUCUGGCUUGCGCGGGCCACCAAGUCGAAGGACCUGAGUGUCAAGGCGCUACGAAUGUUCUUCGGCUUCCAACUGAUCCCUUGCAAGCACGGCGAUUCGGCGCACGGCCCAAACGACGACCGAAAGUUCCGGACGGCACUGCACUGCUUCGCAUCGUCACUCACGAGGUUCGUAGCAUUCACAAGCGUCGGCACAGCGGCGUCUUUCCUCCUGACCUGGGGUCGACGGGUCGACCCACGACCGGGACUUUUCCUGGGAUCGUUCGGAGCCGUGUACAGCCUGACUCGAUGUCUCCUGAGGCUACGGGGGUCCAGUCGCUCCUGGCACGACCCCACCGCGGCGCUGCUGGCCGGGCUCUGUCUGGCGCUCUGGCCAAGCCCCAGGAUCACCCUGUUUUUCGUCUUCAAGUUCCUCGAGCUAUGCUACAGUCGUGGCGAGGAGGCCGGCGUCCUUCCGUCCGGUUCCGAAGGCACCCAUUCCGCACUCUUCGCCAUUUGCUGCGGUGUUCUCCUAACGGUGGGCGUACUCCAGCCCCACCUCGUGCGGCCAUCUUACCGCGCGUUCAUCGAUCGAGUUAUCGGAAAGAGGAUGCGCUACAUCAACGUUCCGGCCAUAGCGACGCUCGGUUACGGAACCACAAACAUCGUUCCCGACGUGCCUGUAACGAUGCCCGAGCUGGACCCGAGGUUCGUCAGCAGGAGAUACAAGGAGACGCUAUGGGUCUGGGCUCAAUAAAAAAG